GGUUACGCGCUCUCUCCGUACACUCCGCUCAGCGCCUUGGACUCCAUAAUAUGUCACGGACUUUUGGGACAGUCUUGAAAUGACCGAACUACAGGCACGACUUUGAAUUCAUCUCUAAAGGACCGGCUGCGCUCCUCCCCAAACAGCCGGAAUGAGCGUCGCGCUCCGGAGGGGCAAAACCGGGCAUGUCGUUUACUUCUAAACAUUUUAGCCGUGUGCUUCGGCGGUUUUUGUCAGGAAAACUUGAGUUAUGGGACUUUUUAGGGUGUGUUUAAAAACUUUUGAGUAAUUCAUCGCGCACGUUAGUGUCUCACUAUGAAGUGCUCAUUGUCCAGUUACGAUUUAAGAUGAAAUUGUGCUGAAAUAUGUGGAGUCAGGACUGUACGGGAUGUAGCGACCUUAAAUUAACCGUAAUAACACGUGCACGCGCUUUAUGAGAAAUACUUCACUUGCAGGUUGUCUUGUAAAGGGAUUGAAUGUUUGAUUAGUAAUUGAGUUAAUGUUGACUUUUAGUAUUUUGCUGAUUACAGCAAUCAUGUUCAGAAAAUCAGAUAGAAUCAGACAGAGAUAAUACUUCAUUCAGUAUACACGGUUUUAUUUACGCAAUAAGUUAUCGGUUGUUUAAUAUCGGUCUACCGAUAAAAUUCAAAUAGCAUCCAACAGCAUAACCAGGAACAGAAAACGCAUCCACAGGUAAACCAGCUUCUAACUUUGUGUGUUAUAGAUAUAAAUUGUAGAACUAAAAUUUUAGCUUAAGAAAAACACGUAUUAUUAAUGAUCACAGUACAGAUGAACGCAUUAAUAUUUAUCACAAUUUAUGAAUAUUCAUUAAAGCAUGAUCAUUAUUAUUUAACUAAAUCUGUAUUAGAUUUCAAAUCAGUUCAGUAUAUCAGACGCUUAAUACAAAUAAUAGUUAUCAGUCGAAACAAAUAUAUAGUGCACUAGUUUGCGUGUGUAAACACAAUAAUGCUGGGUAGUCCUUCCAAUAACGGAGGCAUCAGGAUGCUGGCCCCCCCAUCAGCCAAUGAUGACAGACGGGUUGAGUUUGUGGCUCUGACUGCUGUUCACACUGAAAGAAGCGAGCCGUCCACCCCAGAGCGGGGACACCCAUCCAAUCGCACCGGCUUGCUGGGCACCCCACUCCCGGUGCCCCCGGGCCCCAGAGCGACCCCUUCUGCCUCCAGCAAACGCUACAGAAAGUUGCAGAACUGCCUGUACAAUGUGCUGGAGAGACCCAGAGGAUGGGCUUUCAUCUAUCACGCCUUCAUUUUUCUCCUAGUGUUCAGCUGUCUGGUGCUUUCUGUUUUCUCCACCAUUCCAGACCAUCAUAAAUUUGCCAACGAGGCGCUCUUCAUCCUGGAGUUUGUGAUGAUCGUGGUUUUUGGGCUGGAGUAUUUUGUGAGGGUCUGGGCCGCCGGAUGCUGCUGUCGGUACAGAGGAUGGCAGGGUCGACUACGCUUUGCCAGAAAGCCCUUCUGUGUCAUAGACUUCAUAGUGUUUGUGGCGUCGCUGGCAGUGAUAGCAGCGGGCACACAAGGAAACAUCUUCGCCACAUCUGCUCUGCGCAGCAUGCGGUUUCUGCAGAUCCUGCGCAUGGUGCGUAUGGACCGCCGCGGAGGAACCUGGAAGCUGCUGGGCUCUGUGGUUUACGCUCACAGCAAGGAGCUGAUCACGGCCUGGUACAUCGGCUUCCUGGUGCUGAUCUUUGCCUCUUUCCUGGUGUAUCUGGCAGAGAAGGAGGAUAACCAGGAGUUUUCCACCUAUGCAGACUCCCUCUGGUGGGGGACGAUAACCCUGACUACGAUCGGCUACGGUGACAAGACUCCACACACCUGGCAAGGUCGUCUUUUAGCAGCUUGUUUUGCCCUUCUGGGAGUUUCUUUCUUUGCCCUGCCCGCUGGCAUCCUGGGGUCAGGCUUUGCUCUGAAAGUGCAGGAGCAGCAUCGACAGAAACACUUCGAGAAGAGGAGAACUCCUGCUGCAAACCUUAUUCAGGCUGCAUGGCGUCUCUACUCGACAGAUGCUCAGCACUCGUAUCUCACAGCCACCUGGUAUUUCUAUGACAGUAUGCUGCCGUCCUUCAGAGAACUGACAUUACUGUUCAGUCACCUCCAACGGCAGCGUAGCACCAAGAAGGUUCUGCACAACUCCUACCACACCCUGCUGUCGGGGCUCCGGCCGUACAGCUCCCCCUACCUGGGGGACAGUGGGAAGAUGGGCUUUCGCGACCGCAUUAGGAUGAAUAAUUCGCGCUCCUCUCAGGCCAUCCGGAGCAAGGCUUCUCCUUUACCUCCAGGUAACGUGCGGUGUUCGCCCAGCACUGAGAACGUCCCCGAAGCCACCAGCCCCGGGAAAGUGCAGAAAAGCUGGAGCUUCAAUGACCGGACACGUUUCCGCACGUCUCUGCGCCUCAAACCACGACCUGCUGCAGAUAUGGAGGGAGUCGGAGAAGAGCACACUGAGGACAAAUCUUACUGUGACGUGGCCAUGGAGGAUGUGAUUCCCGCAGUGAAGACCCUGAUUCGAGCGGUUCGGAUCCUGAAGUUCCUGGUGGCCAAGAGGAAGUUUAAAGAAACCCUGCGGCCAUAUGAUGUGAAAGACGUGAUCGAACAGUAUUCGGCUGGACACCUCGAUAUGCUGGGCCGAAUCAAAAGCCUGCAGAUGAGGGUGGAUCAGAUCGUGGGCCGUGGUGCCAUUCCAUCUGAUAAGAAGCUGAGGCCUGAAAAGGGAGAGAAAACUCCUCCUGAAUUGGAACAGAUGGAUGAAUUAAGCAUGAUGGGGCGUGUGGUGAAAGUGGAGAAACAGGUGCAGUCCAUCGAAAACAAGCUGGACCUGUUACUAAACUUCUACUCGCAGUGCCUGAAAAAGGGCUCGUCCCACUUCACCCUGUCGUCCCUCCUGGAGCCCGAUUCCACCUCUGACUACCACAGUCCCACCGACAAACAUGACCUGUUCCCCUCCGCAAACACUCUUAAUAUCUCCCACUCAGACAGCGGCAACAUGGAGUGACCCUCCUGACCUCUGACCUCUGCAUCAGGGCAACUCAUCCAAAGGCUAAAUACCUCCCGCCGCAAAACCUAGCACAGCUCCUCCACACUACUGCUGUAUCCUUGCAUGGGUUCAUCCUUUGCACAGUGGACGAUGGCCCACUUUUAUAGACUAUAUAAAUACAUAUAUAUAUAUGCCCUGAUAUUUUGCAAUGAUUUUUAUUUUCAGCAUCUUUAAUCAUCGUGUUCAGGAACAGUUUAAAGAAAUAUUCUGAAGACUUUACUAAAGUUCUCCAGCAGAGGGCAGAGUUUUUAUCUUUUUAUCAGUCUUCCGAUAAUACGAGGACAAUUAACUUGAUUGCAUUUCUUUUCUGAAAGUCUCUGUGCCAAUGUUUCUUUUCUUGAGCUUUGUUUUGUUUUUGAUAAUCGAUAGGCCCCCCAGAGCGAUUCUAUUUUUCUCUUCGUCUUUUUUUCUAAGAAAUCAGGGCAUUGUGAACUUCAAUUUGUUUUUUCGGACUCUGCCUUACGCUUUGACCCGAUGCAAUAGACUCCUUGUGCCACGAGAAGUCGCUGAGCUUCUAUUGAAUGUACUGCAUUCACUACUCUUUAUUUAUCAUUGCAAAAACAGCAUCAGAGAUUGCUGUAAAGAGCAGCAUGAUGGACCGACCGACAGUAUUUCCACCAAAGCAUCAUCUCCUGUCACUUUUAUCCUGCAUGGUUCCUUUCAGGAGGGAAAGAAAAUGUUUUCUUUCCAGAUUGUGGUGUCUUUCUUUGGGCCGCUCUCUUCUGCACCCGGCAUCAUCUCUCAGAAGCCCACCGUGCAAAAAGAAAAUGAACUAAAUAAAUGAAGAAUAUUCUUUUAUGAAAUAGCCAGCAUUAAAGAGCAUGUUAAUAGUUUGAGUAGUUGAGGCAAGUUUGUUUUGUUUAGUGGGGUUUGUUCUAGAGGCAUUGCAGCCCUCAUGUCUUCAUUGAGCAUGUGCAUCAGUCCAUCUGCAAACAAACCACAGGCUCACAGAGCUCCAGAUCUUCUCCCCUGAUCUGACGCUCCAAUGGUUGAGUUUCAAAGGGAUAAUUCACUCAAAAAUCAAAAGUUGUGCCAUUCCAGACCCGUAUGAUUUCAAAGGGGAUUUCAAAUAGAUUACAUUUGUCCACUUUGUAAGAAGAGUUGAUCCUAGAAGUAUUUGUUCUUGUCAUUUUCCCCAUUCUGAGUUUUAAAAUGUUUAUAGAGAGUCUAAGAAUUAAACUAACUGGCUUCAAGGUGAAUCACAUUACAUCAAGACAGGAAGGAUUACAGUUGCAAUGAAACUAUAUAUUCAUUUAUUCAUUCAUUCAUUUUUAUUUUGCUUAGUCGCCACAGUGGAAUUAACCACCAACUAUUCCGGCAUAUGUUUUAUGUAGCGAGUGCCCUUCCAGCCGCAACCCAGUAUUGGGAAACACCCAUACACUCUCAUAUUCACACACACACAUUUACACUACGGCCAAUUUAGUUCAUCCAAUUUAUCUAUAGCGCAUGUGUUUGGAUUGUUGGGGAAACUAGAGCACCCGGAGGAAACCCACACCAACAUGGGGAGAACAUGCAAACUCCACACAGAAAUGCCAACUGGCCCAGCAAGGGACUCGAACCAGGGACCUUCUUGCUGUGAGGCGACAGUGCUAACCACUGAGCCACCAUGCCACCUGGAAACUAUAAAUAUAGUGUGUGUGGAAAAAAAUAUUAGGGUAUUUUGAAUUUCAAAUAAAAAUAUUGUCAUUAGGAGUAUUAUUUGUCUAGAAAUUACAAUUCUCUAUUACAAAUCUACAGUUUACAAGAGGUUAUUCCACCAAAUAAGUUCCUGAGCUUCUCA